AUGUCUGUAAACUAGAUAAUUGAAUAAGUGCUUGCAAGCAUGUUAGAUUUUGAGAACACAGACUUCAAAUUAUCUAAGAAAUCUCAGAUACUGGAAUUAAUUGAAAGAGAGGAAUUAUUAGUGAUGGAAAGACAAUGGCCUCCAAAACGAUUAAAUAUGGUUGAAUUUAUAAAAUUAAUGAUUCCUAUAGUUCAUCAUAAAUAAAGUGAACUUUUAUAUUUAGUGAUGGGAUUGAUUGAAUUAUAUAAAGAUGUUGUAGCAAUAAGUUAAUAGAAUGAACUCAGCUUAUAAGAUGUUACAAGUUAUGUAUGUUAAGUAGAUACAAGUGAAAAUACUAUGGUACCUUAACGUUUAAUAUCAGAUCCAAAGAAAUUUAACUUGAACAAAACAAGAAUUAGAGAAAUUGAUGUGGUAAGUUAUAAAUUUGACAAUUCUAGGAAUCAGCCAAAAUUAUUGGUAGUAGUGAUAAUGAGAUAUUUCAUAUAGUACCAAAUUCAUUGUAAAAUGAUUCAAUCAGACAUCAUAAUGGUAUUGUUCAUACUGGUGUAUAUUGCAAUAAACAAAUUAUAACACUAGAUAGUUUAGAUUCAAAGAUAAAUAUAUAUCAUGUAGAUGGUUCAUUAAAAUAAAUGGUUAAAAUAUCUUAACAUGAAGAUAAAGAAACAAUUAUAUUGAGUUUUGCUUGGUCUGAUAGAUAAUAAAGAGUAAUAAUUAAUAUUAUAUAUUAAGAUUGGAUUAACUUUAAAAUCACAUUCUAUUUGUAUGUAUGAAGGUGAUUUUAAAAAAUAUCGAAUAUUUUCUACAGUUAUGGCAUCAUAAGAAUAUUAAACUAAUAUCUGGUUUUUAGAGAAUUAAAAUUAAUGGGUUACAACAGAUAGUACUUUUAGAUUAUACUUUUGGGAUUUAUUAAAUGAAUCAGCAAAUCUAAUAUUUUAAAAUAAAUGUAUUUAGGGAAAUAUAAUUGAAUGUGUAGAAGUAGUUCAUAUGAAAAUGAUUGCAACUGCCUCAUUAGAUAAAUAAGUAGCCUUAUGGGAUAUCUAAAAUGGAGAAAUCAAAAUUACAUUAUCACUCAAAGAUUAUGGUGGUAUUCAUAGUUUAGUUUAUUCUUAUUACUAUUAAGUAUUUAUUACAUGUGGAUAUUCUACUUAUAUAAAUGUAUAUGAUAUUAAUCCAAAAUAUCAUGAUGUAACUUAAAUAGGUAAAAUGACAGGACAUACAUCUAUGUUAACAUCUAUCCUUAUGGUUGGUAAAUUACCUGUAUUAAUAUCUGGUGAUGAUAGUGGAUCAUUAAGAUUAUGGGAUAUUAGAACAUUUUCAUGUCUUCAAUCACUUAAUUUUGGAAAGAAAACUUAAAUCACUAAAAUUCUAGAUAUGUCUGAUAUUAAUAUGUUAUGUUUUCUUGGAUCAAGAGUUAAUAUCCUAAAAUUAGAUAUUAGACAUAAUGAAGAAAUUGAGAAUUAUGCAGUUAAAGUAGAAUUUGAUUAAUAAAGAGAUGAAUUAAUUGUAGCAACUAAAAAAUAAAUUAUAUUCCUUGACAUUUAUACAGGUAAAAUUAAAACUAUAUUGAAUGGAUUAUUAUCAGAAUUUGAAGAUGAUAUUACUUAAUUUAGACCUCUUAAUUAUUUUAAUAAAUUUAUAUUGGCAGAUUCUAAAGGUAAUGCUAAGAUUUAUCAUCAUAAUGGUGAAUAUAUUUCUUCAUUAAAAGGUCAUUCAGAUAUUAAUGUUUUAAAAUUAGAUAUUUUAAAUAAAUUAAUUAUUACAGCAUGUUAAGAUUCCAUAUUAAUUUAAAAAAUGAAUGGUGAAAUCCUAAGAGAAAUUACUCAUUUUGAAGCUUCUCAAUUAGAAUUAUCUGUUCAUCAUUCUCUCAUUUUAUUAUCUUAAGGAUCUAAAUUAUAUUAUAUAGAUUAUGAAUUUGUUAAAUGUCUAGGAGUUUUAGAAUUUGAUGCUGAAAUAACUAAUAUUAUUAUUAUUGCUAACUAUCCUUUAUUAGCAGUUUCAACUAUUUAAGGAAAAGUAAUAUUUAUUAAGUUCAAUAUUAAAGAGCAUAUUUAAGUUGAUUCAGAAUUAUAUGAUCUCUAUGAUGUUGGCUCAAAUAACUAUAUUACUGAAGAAACUGAAUAAGAAUUUGUAACCAAGAUGUUAUUCAAUUUAAAAGAAUUAGAAUUAUUAUUUGCAACAUCAGAAAGCAAUAUUAUUAGAAUAUCAUUAAAUUUAGAUGAUUUAUCAACUACAGAGCCAAUUCAUGAGAGAAUCAAUUACAAUCCACUUAGAAAAGCUAGAGAAUAACUAUCAUAAAGUGAAACAUAAAAAUUUAUAAUUCCUGAGAAUUUUACUAGCAUUAAAAAUUUACAUAUGUUUAAAGUUUCUAAAAAAUAGAUUAUUUCUAUAAGUUUCUUAGAAUUAGAUAAUAGAUAUAUUUUGAUUUCUACUAUAGAUGGUUAAAUUUCUAUUUUUGAUUUAAUUGGAAAUCUAAUUGCUUUAUAUAAUAUUAAUCAUCCUUUACCUAUAAAAUGGAAUAUUUAAUAUUCUAAAUAAGGAGAAUUAAGAAAAAGAAUUAUUUAUGGUUUUAAAGUGAUUGAUAUAUUAAGAAAGCAAUCUAAAUCUGAAAAAGAAGCUGAAAAAUACAGUCUAGUUGAAUCUUUAGCUGUCACUGGAAGAAUUUAAUUAAAAUCACCAAGAUAAUACAAAGCAACUGUUAUGAGAGAUGAAUUUAGUCCUAGAGAUCUUAAAUUCAAUAAAAUUAGACAUCUUUAUUAAGCUGAAGUUUAAGGUCCUACACUUAAAUAACUUGAAGCUUAAAGAAGAUUAGUAGAAGUUUAGAAUAUGUUUAAAGAUGAAACAAAAGAUCCAAAACUAGAUCUUAUUCUAAAAUAAAAAGAGAGAGAAAGAUAAAAAGCUAUUGAUAGAGCUAGCAAUUUAAAUUUCUUAGAUCCAGAAUUUAGAGAUAAAUCUUUAUUAAAUACUAAAUUCUUUUAAAAUAAUUAAUAUCUUACUAAUUUAAAUUUAAGACUAGAAAAUACAGAAAGAUAAGAUUAUUCCUAACAUACUAAUAAAGAAAUCAAUAAUAAUAAUAAUAAAUAAAAUAUAUCACUUCCUAUUACUAAUCGACAUCAUAAAUCUAUCACUAAAAAAAAAUCUGUAUCUGAUUUUUAUCAAUAUGCUGUUGAAAAAAAUCUAUUUAAUAAUGAUCAAAAUACUAUAGAUACAUUUGCAUCAUAAAGUAGUUUAAGGCCUAUUUAAAUAAGCACUAAUAGAUAAAUGAAGUCUAUUGGAUCUUCCUUAAUAUCAAGUGACUUAACUUGGCAUUCAUAACAUAGAUAAUAACAAAAAGAUUUAUCUACAGUGCUACAUAAUUUAAAUUAAAAAUUAAGACUUAGCAAGAAUGCUUAAAUUAAUGAACCUAUCUUAAAGGAUAUCUCUAGAUCAGACAUUACAUUUGAAGAAUAAAUUGAUGAAUUUACAAAAAGACACAAAGUUAAAUGA